AUGACCAUUUAUUAUACACUUACCUUUGGCAUAUUAGUUACUGAGAUGAUUCUUUUUGGUCUUCUCGUUCUUCCUUUACCUUCUCGUUGGCGUCGUGCCAUGCUUAAGUUUGCUUCGACAUCUCCAGUUAUGGUAAAGGGAUUACAUCUCCUCAAGAUUAUCUUUGGGCAACGUAUUGAUACUGAAGCAGAAGAGGAUAAACAACAUCAUCAUGAUUAUGGCUAUGAAACUAGUGUUAAGGCUAAAAAGUUUUAUACACAAAGAAAUCUUUAUUUGACUGGAUUUACUCUCUUCUUGUCCUUAAUUUUGGAAAGAACGAGUACAUUAGUUUUAAACUUAUUACAAAGAGAAGAAGAAUUAAAGAAGGCUAAGAAUGAGAACCUUGAAUCAACUAAAGACCAACAAAAAUUAAUCGAAAUGGAAGAAGAAUAUAAAAAUAAGGUUGCUAAUUUGACUGAACAAAUCAAAGAAUUAAAAAGACAAAAGCUUGACUAUGAAACAUUAAAGAAACAAGCUGAUCAACAAGCUAAAGAAUAUAAUCGUUUGGCUGAUGAAUUCAAUCAAUUAGAAAAGGAAUUGUCUUCUUCCAACGAAGCAAAAAAGGAUAUUUAA